GGUUUUUGAUUCUUACUAUUUUUUCUCUCUCUGGUCUCUAUCCAUCAAAACCAAAUUAUCUGGAAACUGAGUACAUCUUGUUUUCUGCUCAUUCCUUUCUCUCUCUCUUUCAACGAUGAAGAGUAGUACUCUAGUUAUGAUGAUGAGAAGAUCUUUAGUUUAUCUCUUGGGACUUUCAUGCCUUCUCACCUCUGUAAACGGUUUACUUUCUUCUAAUGGAGUUAACUUUGAAGUGCAAGCUUUAAUGGACAUAAAAGCUUCAUUACAUGAUCCUCAUGGUGUUCUUGAUAGCUGGGAUAGAGAUGCUGUUGACCCAUGUAGUUGGACAAUGGUCACUUGUUCUUCAGAAAACUUUGUUAUUGGCUUACUGUUGCAGAACAACAACAUAACAGGAAAAAUUCCUUCUGAGAUUGGUCGGCUCACAAGGCUUGAGACUCUUGAUCUCUCUGAUAAUUUCUUCCACGGUGAAAUUCCAUCUUCAUUAGGCCAUCUUACAAGCUUGCAAUACAUGAGGCUUAAUAACAACUCUCUCUCUGGAAUAAUUCCUCUGUCACUAUCCAACAUGACUCAGCUUGCCUUACUUGAUUUAUCAUACAACAAUCUUAGUGCUCCAGUUCCAAGAUUUGCUGCAAAGACCUUUAGCAUCGUUGGGAACCCACUUAUUUGUCCCACGGGUAAGGAACCAGACUGCAAUGGAACUACACUGAUACCAAUGUCUAUGAACUUGAAUGAUACUGGAGCUCCUUUAUACACCAGUAGAUCCAAGAAUCACAAAAUGGCCAUAGCUGUAGGAGCUAGCGUGGGGAUUCUAUCAAUGAUCUUCAUUGCUGUUGGUUUGUUUCUAUGGUGGAGACAAAGACAUAACGAAAACACAUUCUUUGAUGUUAAAGAUGGGCAUUACCAUGAGGAAGUUUCACUAGGAAACUUGAGGAGGUUCGGUUUCAGGGAGCUUCAGAUUGCAACAAAUAACUUCAGCAGUAAGAACUUAUUAGGGAAAGGUGGCUAUGGGAAUGUUUACAAAGGAAUACUUGGAGACAGCACUGUAGUUGCAGUGAAGAGGCUUAAAGAUGGGAAUGCAUUAGGAGGAGAGAUUCAGUUUCAGACAGAAGUAGAAAUGAUCAGUUUAGCUGUUCACAGAAACCUCUUAAGACUCUAUGGCUUCUGCAUCACGCAAGCUGAGAAGCUUCUUGUUUAUCCUUACAUGUCUAAUGGAAGUGUAGCAUCUAGAAUGAAAGCUAAACCGGUUCUUGAUUGGAGCAUUAGGAAGAAGAUAGCUAUAGGAGCUGCAAGAGGGCUUGUGUAUCUCCAUGAGCAAUGUGAUCCCAAGAUUAUCCACCGUGAUGUCAAGGCAGCUAAUAUACUUCUUGAUGAUGACUGUGAAGCUGUGGUUGGUGAUUUCGGUUUGGCUAAACUCUUGGAUCAUCAAGAUUCUCAUGUCACAACUGCCGUGAGAGGCACGGUAGGUCACAUUGCUCCUGAGUAUCUCUCAACUGGUCAGUCCUCUGAGAAAACCGAUGUUUUCGGGUUUGGGAUUCUACUUCUUGAGCUUGUAACGGGUCAAAGAGCUCUUGAGUUUGGUAAAGCGGCUAACCAGAAAGGUGCUAUGCUUGAGUGGGUUAAGAAGAUACAUCAAGAGAAGAAUCUUGAGGUGCUUGUGGAUAAAGAGUUGCUGAAGAAGAAGAGCUAUGAUGAGAUUGAGUUAGAGGAAAUGGUGAGAGUAGCUUUGUUGUGUACACAGUAUUUGCCUGGACAUAGACCUAAAAUGUCUGAAGUUGUUAGAAUGCUGGAAGGAGAUGGACUUGCAGAGAGAUGGGAAGCUUCUCAAAGAUCAGACAGCGGUUCGAAGUAUAGCAACAAUAGGGUCAAUGACUUGAUGUCGUCAUCUUCAGAUAGAUACUCUGAUCUUACUGAUGACUCUACUUUACUUGCGCAAGCCAUGGAACUCUCUGGUCCGAGAUGA